GUUAGUGAACACACCAGUUUAGAUAUCUUUUAAGUUCCUGGUGGUCCUGUGAUUGAGGCUGCUUUAACACUGCCUUUGAGACAACUACAUAACCAAGAGGAACUUUUAUCAGUCACUUCGUUACACUGAAGAUGUCCUUUGGAAGUAGAAUCCUGCUGCUCAACAGACCUUUCGAUGAAAACACUACAAGUGAAAACUGCACAGUUCACAACAGUAUUCAAAUACCGAUCACUAUUGAAAAAGACUGUCCCUUGAUGUUCUAUUUAUUUCCACAAACCAUGUCCUUAAUUUACUUUAGCCUUUGCUCUGUCGGCAUUCUAGCCAACAUCUUUGAAGUAACUGUUUUUCUGAAUAACAUAACAACCUGGAAAACCUCUGGUAUUGCACUAAUCAAUCUAGCAUUUGCAGACAUAAUCACCUUAUUUUCAUUUCUACCCUACACUGUGUAUUUGAAUGUUAACUACAACUGGACAAUGGGUAAAUUAAUGUGUCAGAUUACAAUGAGCAACAUAAUAUUAGGAAUCACAGGAAACACAACAUUUAUUUGUGCAUUAAGUUUAGACCGCUUCAUUGCAAUUGUGUUUCCAAUUCGAUUUCGUAACCUUCGUACAGUUAAGAAUGCAUGGGUUCUCUCUGUGGUACUCUGGAUGGUGGCAUCAGUCAUGCCUCUCCUUGUCUUUCCAAAUGUCCAGUACAAAAUACACAGAGGAAGAGACGGUUACUGUGGUACUCAGUAUAACUUGCAGAAUGAUACAGCACCAGUUUUCUUAAGUAGUUUGUUUUACAUUGUACUUAAUCUACUUGUCCCUCUGAUUAUUUUGGUUGUGACUUACAUACUGAUAGUCAGAACUCUACAGCAGUUCUAUAAGAGAAAGAGAGCAACAGGAAACAAGGAAAAAACCAUGAAACUAAUAUCAUCUGUGAUUGCUCUUUAUCUUUUCUGUUGGCUUCCAUCACAGCUUCUAAGUGUAAUUCUCAGUGGCAUUUAUCAGAGUUUCGUAAACUGUAAAAACAUAUGCAUGCUUACACAAAUAGGCAACAGUUUCAGUGAAAUUAGUAAUUUUCUUACUAUUUUCAAUGCCUGCAUAGAUCCUUUGGUGUAUCGGCUUAGCCGUGGCUUCUCGUGCUGCAAUUUCAAAUUGAAAUGCAGAGAUAUCAUGUGUUGCCCAUCUGUUUCUCAACAGCAGCUGUCACCUUCCUUAGUAUAAACUAUACAUUUUUCCUAUAUUAAAAGCUGCCAUGCCACCCCCCGCAACAACUUGUGAUAUUUAAAAUAUGAAUGCAAGACAUAGGCACAAACAUAUACUCUAUCUGUAUAGUCAUAGGUUAUUUAAUAACAGAUUAUUGAACACAUUUAAAAUAAAAUAUUCCUUUAUACAAAAGUCACAUAUAUUCACAGUCUUACACAAAUGUCUGACAAGAUAUUAUUUCAUGGUUUCCAUAUUUUUUUAUGUGGCUAGUUUCCAAGCAGUUGUUUUUUCAAUGCUGGUUGGUGUAGGAAUACAUAAUUCAGCAACUGAUCAAUCAAGCAGGGUCUUAGUCCAACACCUCUUGUUAGCACCAUCAUCAUAACCAUCCUUUUGCUUGUAUUGAUUUUCUGUUUUUCGUGUUUGGUUUUAUGCUUUGCUUUGGCACACAAUGAUAUUUUACAUGAGGCUGCUCAUGGAAUAAGAAAAACAGACCUGCUAACCUGUUCAAUUUAAUUGAGGUGAAUGUUAUUGGCUUAUUUGUGCAUUAAGUUUAGACUACUUCAUUGCAAUUGUGUUUCCAAUAAGAUUUUGUCACCUUUGUACAGUUAAUGCAUGGGUUCUCUGGUUUGUGGCAUCAAUCAUACCUCACAUUAUCUUUCCAAAUGUCCAGUACAAAAUACACCGAGGAAAACACAGUUACCGAGCGUAUUUCUGUCUGUAAAAGUUCAAUGUGCAUGUAUUGUA